AAAAUUUGCUGUAGAGUUUGAUUUUAAGCUUGAAUAUUGCAUGAUUUAUCCUAAUAUUUAGCAGGCGAAUGUGACCAGUUGACUUGACCAAACCUGCAAAUUGGGUUCUGCAUAUAAUCUCCAGGACCCAAAUACUAAUUUCUCGUUGCUAAGAUACUUUGUUCACAGAACUGUCAGUGAAUUGCAAAGAGAAAAGAUGGGAACUUUGGUUCCAGGCUCCCUGAAUAUAUCAACCGCGGAUAAAGAAACAGGCAUCAUCGAUACUCCAAAAGAGCUUGAUGCUGGAGCUUUGUUCGUCCUCAAGUCGAAAGGUAGGCAUAGUAUUAGCUUAAAUUUUGUGAAACUUCAGAAGAAAUAUGACAGAAAAAUUAUCUUUAUCAGAAUGCGUAUUGUGUUCUUUUCUAAAAGUGGGUGUAAUUUGGCUGCAGGAUCAUGGCUGCACUGUGGAUACCAUUUGACAACAUCAAUUGUUGGUCCUGUGAUUUUCAGUCUUCCCUUUACUCUGGCCUUGCUUGGCUGGGUUCCUGGAGUUUUAACUGUGACUCUUGCGGCCCUGGUGACUUUCUAUUCCUAUAAUCUUCUCUCUGUGGUUUUGGAGCACCACGCUCAACUCGGAAAACGCCAGCUUCGUUUCAGGGACAUGGCCAGGGACAUUUUAGGACCUGGAUGGAGCAAAUUUUUGGUAGCACCACUUCAGUUUGCAAUAUGCUAUGGUGCUGUAAUUUCUUGUACCCUGCUUGGAGGGCAGAGCAUCAAGUUCAUUUACUUGCUCUAUCAGCCAAAAGGAACAAUGCAGCUGUACCAAUUCAUAGUCAUUUUCUCAGCUGUGCCGCUAAUUCUAGCACAAAUGCCAUCUUUCCACUCACUGAGGCACAUUAACCUUGUCUCCUUAGUCCUCUGUCUGCUUUACAGCGCCUGCGUUGUUGCUGGUUCCAUAUAUAUUGGAAAUUCAAAGAAUGCGCCUGCUAGAGACUAUUCAAUGAAUGGAUCUCAAGUAAAUCACAUUUUUGGUGCUUUCAAUGGUAUUUCAAUCAUCGCUACCACAUAUGCAAGUGGAAUUAUACCUGAAAUACAGGCAACUAUAGCACCUCCAGUGAAGGGCAAGAUGUUCAAAGGCUUAUGCAUCUGUUACACUGUCAUAGUCAUCACAUAUUUCAGUGUCGCCAUCUCUGGGUACUGGACAUUUGGUAAUCAAUCUCUACCAACAAUCCUUACCAAUUUUAUGGGUGAUGGAAAGCCAUUGCUGCCCACUUGGUUUCUUCUGAUGACCAACAUCUUCACUCUUAUGCAACUAGCUGCCAUCACUGUGAUUUACUUGCAACCAACAAAUGAAGUGUUUGAAAAAUGGUUUGCAAAUCCGAAGAUGGAUCAAUUCUCCAUUCGCAACGUCAUACCACGACUAAUAUUCCGGUCACUUUCAGUGAUCAGUGCCACAUUUAUUGCCGCAAUGUUACCUUUCUUUGGAGACAUCAUGGCACUUUUUGGAGCAUUUGGAUGCAUACCUCUAGAUUUCAUAUUGCCUAUGGUUUUCUACAAUGUGACUUUCAAGCCAUCCAAACAAAGCAUAAUAUUUUGGGGAAACACAUUAAUAGCAGUAGUAUCCUCAGGAUUGGUGGCAGUAGGGGCAGUAGCAUCAGUUCGACAAAUAGUUCUUGACGCUAAGAUGUACAAUUUAUUUGCUAAUAUGUAAUACCAACGAUAAUACUAUGUACUGAUUAUUGUGGCCAGAAUGAAACUAUUCACCUUGCCAAGUAUGCGUACAUUACACACAAGAAAUUCUUAAUAAGGUACUAAAAUGAGCAGCUUCAUAGCAAGAAAAAGGAGAGAAGAGUGUACGAGACAUCACCACAUGAAACCUCAUUUUGACAAUAGACCCAAAUAUUAAUUUGGUGAGGCUUUUAUAGAAAGUGGAUUUGCAGAAAGUUGCUCUCUAUAGGAUACUUUAAAGCAUUUUUUGAACAAUACCUAUAGAUACUUCAAUU